AAUUGGGCCAGUAGGCAAAUCUAUGGGAUACUUUCUUAAAUGAUUGAUGUGGGAGGACCCAGGCUGUUGUAGACUGUGCCACCCCUGGGCAACUGGUCCUGGAAUGCGUAAGAAAAGCAGCUAAGCAAACCAAUGGGAGCAAGCCAGUAAGCAGUCUACCUCUACAGCUUCUGUAUUAGUUCUUACCUCCAGUAUCUUACUGGAUUGGGAACAGGAAUUGUAAGCCAAAUAAAAGCCUUACUCCCCAAGUUGCAUUGGGCCAAGGUGUUUUAUCAUAAUAGAUACCUAUGUACAAGGGUAAGCAUCUUUCAAGAUCAUAAAAUAGAUAUCCUUAACUUGCUGCUAAUAUUGGUGAGCAUUGAGAAACAUUUGUAAUAUGCAGUAAUUUGGGGAGGUUAAUUACAAUAUGUCAUAAUCUUUAUGAGAACCUGGCUAACAAUAUAGUAUUUUCUCUCUUAAUAUCUCAAAGCAUAAAUAUCCAGGUCUUUGUCAUAUCCAGAGGUUAUACAGUAAGUGGAAUGUGGGGUAAAGAAUCUCAUGUAGGCAUUGAGGGCAUCACCAGUUCUUAGAACUAUGGUGCUAGUCUGGCCUGGUGCUACUCAUGAAAUGAAAGCUCCUUUAUAAAGAUGAAGUUGCAGGAGAUACUGAUCUUGUAGGAAAGACUAGCUGCUCAGACAUGGUGGGCAGAUGUCCAUGCUUUGUGCAAUGCACAGUUAUGCAUAUCUCUUGCUUUUUAUUUAAACACUUUCUCAUGCCAGGAUUCAUGAAGACAGACAUGGAUUGUCUCAGGAUCUCUUUGCCCCCCUUCCCAAUAUGGUCACAUUCAAAUGAAUCCUCUUUUUCUGCUUUUCACUACUUAAAAGAAAAUAGCAAAUGCUUAUAAUGCCUGUAAAUGUGACUAAUCUGAUUUCCUCUUUACAUUAAAUCAUCAAAAUAAGCUUUAUCAUUCUUCAAAUUGAAUAUCCCCUUGAAUACAUUUGACAUGCUUUAUGGCAAUAGUGUUGAGGAAGAUAAUUGUUCCCCACAGUUAUUUUGUCAGUAUUAAGUCAUGGAAUUCUAACUGGUAGGCAGUUCUGAGACAUUUGCUUUACAGGUGAUUAAGUUAGUGUCAUACAACUAGUGAGUCCAAAGCAUCCCCUUAAAAGUGGGAUAAGUUUCUUAUCAACUAUACUUGUUUGUUUUUGAUUUUAUAUAGUUCAUCACUAUAUGUCUUUUAACUGAAUAACUUAAUUCAUUGCAUUAUUUAAAAUAUAAUUAUGUAUAUAUAAGUUCUUACUGUAGUUAAUUUGUAACUUACUUUUCUAGCUUUAUUAUGGCUUAUUUCUUUUCUUCUCCUCUCUUAUAUGUCUUUCCAAUUCAAUUGGGAAUUUGAAAAUACACAGCUGGAAGGAAAGAAAAAUAAACAAAUAAAGAGUAAUAAAGAAAUGCAAUGGGGAAUUUGGAGGAGCAUUGUAGAUCGAUAUUGUAGCCAAAGGGAUCUGAGAAUGCAGAGAAGCUAGCAGUCUCAUCUGAAGAAGUAGCAUCAGAAAACUCCCCAGUGUAAGGCAGCAAAUACCCAAGAAUAGAAAAGUCAAAGAUCACCAGCCAGAUUUAAUCCCUAAAACAUCCUGUAAUCAAACUCUCGAAGAUGGAAGAUAAAGAGAUCAGAGUCAGGAAGAAAAUGGAACAAAACAGGCAGCACCAAAAUAAGUCUCCUCUUAGAAAAUUUUACAGAAGGAACUAGGUAAUGGCAAGAGAGAAUAACAAAAAUUCUUCAUGAUACUCAAAGAAAAGUCUUCUAUCAAAAAUACUGUAGCCCACAGAGUUACCAUUGAAAUGUAGGACACAGAAACACAGAUACUGAGCUAAGGAAAAACUGAAAGAACUUGCCCCCAUCAGACUAUAAGAAAGGCAGUCUUCAAAUUACAACGGGAGAGAGCUAAGGAAAAACAGAAAGAACUUGCCCCCAUCAGACUAUAAGAAAGGCAGUCUUCAAAUUACAACGGGAGAUGAAACUGAGAAGAAAAGCUUGGAGAAUAAGGAAUCAAGACAAGAAUAACUGCAUUUAAAAGUUGUACAUGUCUGCUGCAGUAAUAUCUUUAUUAUAAAAACCAAUACCCGAGAGUAAUAAAAGUAUGUGAAUAUCAAAGUGGACCAAUAGAUGUGAUGCAGAGGAACCAACCCCAUGACAGUAAGAGAGAACGGGUACAGAUUAGUGGAGUUUUAUUCUUUAUUUGUCUACGAUCACGUUAAGAUACCAUAAUUUCAAAAUGCCUCCAUAUGAUCAAGGAUUUACUUCUUACAAACCUUCUAGUAAAUAACAGCAACAGUUUUUUUAACAAGCAAGUCAAUUCUAAACUCGGAGCUAAAAGUAUGGCCUGAGUUUUUGAUAAUUUCCCUUUUCACCUGUGUUUCAAAGAGAUUACAAACCAAUUUGUGAUUAUCAAUUUGAUUUUAACAUUUAGAAGCUAAGACUAUUAUGGAGCUAGACAAAAAUAUACAUUUUUUUGUCUUCACAUGCAUGUUUUCAUUUAAUAUUUAAAAAGAAGCAAUUUCAUGCUAAAUAUUCAAGAAAUGUUUAUUGCUAAUUCAUUUCAAUUCUAAAAAAAGGACAGAGGCUUUCAUAUGACCUAAAAUGGAUUUUUGAUGACGUCUUAUAAAAAGUGUCAUAUUUAUCUAAUCAUUCAUAUACUCUCUUUACUACAAUAAAACUAUUAUUAAUAUUUCUUGAUUGUUUGAAUUUUUAAAAAGCAAACAUAUUUUCUAAGUCACAUUUAUUUUAAAGUUUAUUUAGAAAUCUGAUGUAUUCAGUACAGUUUUGUAGGGAGUGUUUUCUGUGUGUGCUGGGGUGGUUACAUUUUGAUGAGUUCAUCCUAAGGAUGCUCUCUACCAGAGAACAGUUAUUUCAGCUAAAUAAUUUAUUGGCAGCUCAGCAACCAUAAUAGCUGAUGAAAUAUGUUGAGACAAGGGGUACUGAAGUAUAGUGAAUGUGAAAUGUACUGCAAAUAUUAGAAUAGAAAGAGCACAUACCAAGACAAGUCAGAAUACCCAUUAAAUCAAUAUAUUGUAGUUAAUUUUCAUUAUUCAAACUGAAAAAAAAUGUGUUGUUUGGUCAAAAAAAAUGAUUAUCUCACAAGCGUUAAAACUAAAAUGUUAAAAAAUAAAAAUAAAAAGGAAGAAAGAACACUAGCCUGUCAGUCUCAGCAUGAGUGCUGAAUACUACGGCUAAUGCACAGAAAGUGAGAGAUCUCGGCCACUGAUCUACAACUCCAUGGGUAACUAUCGCCUAGUUCAGGCUUAAUUUUCUAACCACAAUGCUUCUAUCUAUAAAACAGGAAAGUAAAGGUAAGAAAAUCAAAAAAGAAAAGUAAAAUAACUUUCGUAGGUUUAUAGUAUAAACAAUCACCACAGUGACCCAGUUUAAUUUUGUCUUUUUUUUUCCCCCUCUUCCAAGUAAACUAUAUGUUACUCCAGAAAGUUUUGUAUAAAAGUCCCUUAAGGCUACUAUGCCUAAUGCUUCUUUGGGACAAACAUAGCCUGAGGGAUGCAGAAUUGUCAGGUCUCCUACACUGAAUUUCACAUUAAUAUGGAGAAAUGUCCUAUUAGAAUUGAGGGGACCAGCUAGCGGAAGAAUUUCCUGAUGUGUGAAAAAAAAAUGUUUUUGCUGGUUAUCACGAGCCGUGUGCUGGGCACAGUGUUUAUUUGGAGCCCGCUAUGUGUGAAAGCUUCACCUUUUCCAUUUUUAGAAAAUGUGAGGCAGCAAAAAGGGUUUUGACACAGUGCAGAUCCUGGAUUUAAUCAACCUCGAUUGAGGGCAUCCGACCGCCAACUCCCCGUGCUUUUUAUAUUUGGACACUAGCCGUUAGGAGAAAAUAUCCAAUUCUGGUUUUAAAACAAAAAAUAUGAUCAUAGAAGAUUAAAAACUCAGCUUUGUAAAGUCUUCAGCAAGUAACAGGAACGAAGAUCCACAGAAGCACCUAAUGGAAUUUAAAAUGUUUGGGUUCUUAAAAUAACAAGUUGGACUGAAGAAAUGUGUCUUGGGCAGUAAAAACUGGAAAGAGUUUCCAGAUUGUUUGAACUUCUCUGGCCGCACAAUACAGGAAGGAAGGCUGCCGCAGCUCAGGGACCUCCAGCGUCUGCAGCAUGGGCUGGUUCACUGGGAUUGCCUGUCUUUUCUGGGGUGUAUUACUUACAGCCAGAGCAAACUAUGCAAACGGAAAGAACAAUGUGCCAAGACUGAAAUUAUCGUACAAAGAAAUGUUGGAAUCCAACAAUGUGAUCACUUUUAAUGGCUUGGCCAACAGCUCCAGUUACCACACCUUCCUUCUGGAUGAAGAACGGAGUAGACUAUAUGUUGGAGCAAAAGAUCAUAUAUUUUCAUUCAACUUGGUGAACAUUAAAGAUUUUCAAAAGAUUGUGUGGCCAGUAUCUUACACAAGGAGAGAUGAAUGCAAAUGGGCUGGAAAAGAUAUCCUGAAAGAAUGUGCCAAUUUCAUCAAGGUCCUGGAGGCUUAUAAUCAGACUCACUUGUAUGCCUGUGGAACUGGGGCUUUCCAUCCAAUCUGCACCUAUAUUGAAGUUGGACAUCAUCCUGAGGACAACAUUUUUAAGCUGCAGGACUCACAUUUUGAAAACGGUCGUGGGAAGAGCCCUUAUGAUCCCAAACUACUGACUGCCUCUCUUCUAAUAGACGGUGAGUUGUACUCUGGAACUGCUGCGGACUUCAUGGGACGGGACUUCGCUAUCUUCAGAACACUGGGGCACCAUCACCCCAUCAGGACGGAGCAGCAUGACUCCCGGUGGCUCAAUGAUCCUAGAUUCAUCAGUGCCCAUCUCAUCCCAGAGAGUGACAACCCUGAAGAUGACAAAGUAUAUUUUUUCUUCCGAGAAAAUGCAAUAGACGGAGAACACUCUGGAAAAGCCACUCAUGCUAGAAUAGGUCAGAUAUGCAAGAAUGACUUUGGUGGACACAGAAGUCUUGUGAAUAAAUGGACAACAUUCCUAAAAGCACGCCUGAUUUGCUCUGUGCCCGGUCCCAAUGGCAUUGACACCCAUUUUGAUGAAUUGCAGGAUGUAUUCCUAAUGAACUCUAAAGAUCCUAAAAAUCCGAUCGUCUAUGGAGUGUUCACAACAUCAAGCAACAUCUUUAAGGGAUCUGCUGUGUGCAUGUACAGCAUGAGUGAUGUAAGAAGGGUGUUCCUUGGUCCAUAUGCUCACAGAGAUGGUCCCAACUAUCAGUGGGUGCCUUACCAAGGAAGAGUCCCUUAUCCACGGCCAGGAACUUGUCCCAGUAAAACAUUUGGCGGAUUUGACUCCACAAAGGACCUUCCUGAUGAUGUCAUAACUUUUGCAAGAAGUCAUCCAGCCAUGUACAACCCAGUGUUUCCUAUAAAUAAUCGCCCGAUCAUGAUCAAAACAGAUGUAAAUUAUCAGUUCACACAAAUUGUUGUAGACCGAGUGGAUGCAGAAGAUGGCCAGUAUGAUGUUAUGUUCAUCGGAACAGAUGUUGGAACCGUUCUUAAAGUGGUUUCAGUCCCCAAGGAGACUUGGCAUGACCUAGAAGAAGUUCUUCUGGAAGAAAUGACCGUCUUCCGGGAACCAACAACUAUUUCGGCAAUGGAGCUUUCUACUAAACAGCAACAGCUGUACAUUGGCUCAACUGCGGGAGUGGCACAGCUUCCUCUACACCGCUGUGACAUCUAUGGCAAAGCCUGUGCAGAAUGCUGCCUCGCUCGGGACCCUUACUGUGCCUGGGAUGGGUCCUCAUGCUCACGCUAUUUUCCUACUGCAAAGAGGCGCACAAGACGACAAGAUAUAAGGAAUGGAGACCCACUGACUCACUGCUCUGACUUGCAGCACCAUGAUAAUCAUCAUGGGCCCAGCCUUGAAGAGAGAAUCAUCUAUGGAGUGGAAAACAGUAGUACAUUCUUGGAAUGCAGUCCGAAGUCACAGAGAGCCUUGGUAUAUUGGCAAUUUCAGAGGAGAAAUGAAGAUCGAAAAGAGGAGAUCAGAAUGGGUGAUCAUAUCAUCAGGACAGAACAAGGGCUCCUGCUCCGUAGCCUGCAGAAGAAGGAUUCAGGCAAUUACCUGUGUCACGCUGUGGAACACGGAUUCAUGCAAACUCUUCUUAAGGUAACCCUGGAAGUCAUUGACACAGAACAUUUGGAAGAACUUCUUCAUAAAGAUGACGAUGGAGAUGGCUCUAAGAUAAAAGAAAUGUCGAGCAGCAUGACGCCCAGCCAGAAAGUCUGGUACCGAGACUUCAUGCAGCUCAUUAACCACCCCAACCUGAACACGAUGGAUGAGUUCUGUGAACAAGUGUGGAAAAGGGACCGAAAGCAACGCCGACAAAGGCCGGGGCACUCUCAAGGGAGCAGCAACAAGUGGAAGCACAUGCAAGAGAGCAAGAAAGGUAGAAACAGGAGGACCCACGAGUUUGAGCGGGCACCCAGAAGUGUCUGAGCUGCGCCACCUCCCAAAACCUCAAACAAGUACAAACUUGCUUAGAUAAUAACUGGAAAAAAUGCAAUACACAUGAACAUUUCAUGGCAUUAUGUGGAUGUUUACAAUGAUGGGAAGUUCAACCGGGUUCCACCAAUUUAAGUCCGUGAGGAACUUUCCCAGCAGGCUUUCUUCAGUAUACCAACGCUUGACAGAGAUCACAGGUGAGCAUAGAUGUUCACGUCCGCUGACUUAGUGUUUCCUCUGAAAGUUCAUUUUGCUUCCUUCUUUGCCUGAGAAAUAAAAAUGUCAUUUGCCAUCGAAAGGAGAAAAACUGCAUCAGCAAAGCCAUUUUAUUGAAGCAAGAGUUGAAAAUAAACUGCAUGGAUUUAGUAAGCAGAUGAAUAUUCCAAAACGUGAUUGGAUUCAAGGAUGUUUUGUCUACCAGCACUCGUGUUUGUAUGUACUGGAGAAGUAAAAUAAGGAGAAUGACACUGAGUGAAAUAGUCUAUGGAGAUAUAAAAACACAAACCACCCAUCAUCCAGAGUAAUGGAGUACAUUGAUCUACUACUGAUGUCUUCUUUCAGCUUUGAUCUAAAGAUGUAUUUUAUUAAAGUUAUAAUUUAAAUGUACCAUGGCAAAUAUGCAGUAAAGAUUAGCUGUUUCCUAAGCUAGAGUAGGUCUUGUCUUGCAGUUACCAUGCUAUAUCGUUUGUUUAAAAAUUCCAACUGUGUGCUGCUUUUUUACAUUGUGUUUUCAGUUCUGUAAGAGGCAGUAUAUCACUUUAGGUCCCUACUCACUGUACUAUUACUUACUGACACCAAGAAUUAUGGUCUUCCCCUUUGAAGAAACCAAACAGAUAGAAGGUUAUCACCCUGACUUGCAAAGGUAUUAUCUAAGUUAACUCUCACAUACAUAAUGUUUUCAGUCAACCAAAAAUUAAGACAGCACAAAGAGAAGAAAACAGUCAUUAGAGGCAUCCUGAAGGAUCAAGAGCAAAAUUAAAUUCAUGUGUCUCAUGAAAAGAACAUUGUCUUAACAGAGUGUUGAUAAAAUGUCUUUCCCUCUUGGCUUGAAUAUUUGCAUGAUGUGUGAGGCAUAGGACUCGCUCAUGAUUCCACAUCCCACCAAAGAUUCUAUUUUCAGUCACUUAAUGAUUUCCAAAGCAGAGAGAAAGAGCGGGGGUGGGGGGAAUCAGUGACAUUCAGGACAUGUUCUAACAACAAAAUGACACAUUUCUCAACUAUUUCUUUGUGAAUCAACUAAAUUUUACCCACCCUGUAUGAUACAAUUAUUUGUCUGAACAACUUAUAAGUGUUUUAUCUCAAUGAGAGUGAAACUAUACACUUCACCUAGAAAGUGCAAAAUUCUUUGUUUUAUGAAUAAAAUAUAAGAUAACACAAAAUGUUUCAGAAUGUAUAGCCUUUGUUGGUUGGAGAUGAUUUCCUAAGAAUCAUUGAGUUCAAAAUGCUUAAUAAAUUCAACAUUAUAGACCAGUUCAUUGGUGCUACAGGCCUCACUUCAGGAAUUUUUUUCUUCGAUCCUUCAGCAUGCACAAAAAUGCAAAGUAAAUAUCUUCUUGCUAAGAAAUGAAGUGGCGUUGAUAUUUUAACUCCAGUUGUCUCCUAAUUCUAAUUAACUCAGUAUUAACUUCUCACCUCAACUACACCAAAUUGUCAUUCCCUCGCCACUGAAAUAGUUCACAGAUGGAAGCUUCUGUUUCAGUUUUAAUGAUUAUUUAAAUAAAAAAACAAUUUGUUGACAUGUCUUUCAUAUAAAAGCCUAAAAUCAUCCUACAUCUGAUUUUAGGCUCAUUGACUAAUGGUGUUGCUUUUGGAAAUAUGUCUUCAAAGGCAAGCUGAAUGGAUGAAUUAUUUGAGAUCACACUCUGAACAGAAAAUAUUGUCAGGAACAUUAAGUGAGAGAAAGAGGGAUGCUCCAAAUAAGCCAUUCUCUCAUUUAAUAGGGUCUUAACUGUCCAAACAUUUAAUGUUAUAUUUCAUUCUAAAUUUGCAUCUGAUACAAGUAUAUUGGCAAUUACAUAACUCUCCCAUUUCUUUCUAGCUCUUAACAAUAAAGGAUCUAAUGGAAGGAAGGUUGUUUAAUAACUUUAUGGAUGCCUUUCAAAAUCGGAAUGCAUUUUGUUUAGCACUAAGAAAUAGCAAUAGAAAACUGCUUAGGUUUCAAUUAAAAGUGUUAAAAACAAGCAAAUAUAUUAACAUGUCUCAAUCAAUCACCAUGUCUAAGUUUCAAAGAAAGUUAUUGAUUAACUAGGGAAUAAAUAAAUAAAUACACACAUACAUACAUAAAUCUUAUGACAGUUAUAACCUCCCAUUGUGUAUUGAGAGAGGACAGUUUGCACGAAGAAGAAUGUCCCAUUUACUAAGUAAUUUAGAUGGACUUUGGCAUAUGCAUGUAUCAUCACAGGUAAGACCUGCCUAAGAGAUGCAUGUGACCUUAAGCAAAUUACCACAGCAGUCUCACAAUAGUCUCAAGUUGAAAAAGAUACAUCACAGUGGAGAGAGCAGGCCCCGCUGAUAGCAACUGUAAAGUGUAAAUGCAUGCAAAUGCACACUUAUUGCUUCUUUUAUGUAUAAUUUAGUGAUUUAUAAUGGUAUGUGUUUAAUAUUUUUGCUACCUACACAUUAGACAAAGGUGUAAAUAAUUUUGAAAAGAGUAGAAAGAGCACUGUAAAUUACAAGUUUCUAUAGAUGCUCCAUUCCAGUUUGUUCACCAUCAUCCUCAAGUGCAAGAUUUCCCAUACAAGUGAUGCGGUGGCUUAUGUACUACUUAAGGGCAGAGAGGGUGUGCCCCUCGAAGAGCAUGCUUUUUGCCAGGUCGUAAAUUGUUCCGUAUCUGUAUUUAUCAUUGCAUUUCAGAUGGGAACUAGAAAACUGGAGAGAAAAAUGUAACGAUAUUGCUGCUGUAAAUUAUUCCUUUUUAGCAUGUAUUCAGUUGCUAAAUACACAUUUCUUCAAAAUAUU